CUUCUCAGCUCCACCUCUUCUUCGGUUCUUCCGCUCUCUGCACCGCCUCCCUUCGGCCCCUCCCAGGCCGCCGUCAGCUUCUCCGAUUGUUUUUCCCGAGCAGCGGCGCCUUCCGCCCUCCCGAGCGCGACGCUCCAACCUAGACGGUCCGGCCGGCGGCCGCCCCUCCACCACCGUUCGGCCGGAAAUGGCAUUCGCAAGAGCGGCGCCUUCCUGGUCCCCAGCGCACGCAACCUCGGCCGCGCCGGCAGCCUGGCAUCAACCUAGGCGUCUAGGCGACACGAAAAUUGCGAUUGCGCCGGCGCCGGUGGAUCCUGCGAUCCCACGGCGGAAGCGACCUAGAGACCAGAUGGGACUUCGGCUCGAUUUCAUUUUGGAGAUGUAAGGGUCGGCACUCGGAUCCUGUCGUUAGACCUCUACGAGAGUUAGAUUCUGAGACGUUACAGACCGUAGUACCAGACAUUCCGUUAUGGGUCAAGUGUCCUGACUAUGAACGGGUUGACUGGAUGAAUAAGUUUAUUUUUGAUAUGUGGCCUUUCCUGGAUAAGGCAAUAUGCAAAAUAAUUAGAAGUGCAACAAGGCCAAUAUUUGAUCAGUAUAUUGGAAAAUAUGGCAUAGAAUCGAUUGACUUUGGAGACUUAACACUUGGCACUCUUCCGCCUACACUCCAAGGAAUUAAAGUUUAUGAAAUGCAAGAAAAAGAACUGGUAAUUGAACCUGUGAUCCGGUGGGCUAGCAUAGCAAAUGUAACUGUGAACGUGAAGGUGCAUUCUUUCAAACUGUCCACUCAGCUUUUGGAUUUGCAUAUAAUGCUGGCACCGCGUGUGACUCUGAAGCCGCUUGUGCCAAGCUUUCCCUGCUUUGCCAACUUGUGUGUUUCACUGAUGGAGAAGCCACGUGUUGACUUUGGAUUCAAAUUGCUGGGUGGAGAUGUCAUGGCAAUUCCUAUCUUGUACCAGUUUGUCCAGGAGCAAAUAUCAAAGCAAGUUGCAAUUCUGUACCAUUGGCCGAAGGUUAUACAAAUUCCUAUUUUGGAUGGAGCAAGGGGGACUUUUAUUGGAGAAACUGUUAACAGUGAUCCUUGGGUCUGGCAUAAAUGGAUUGCACAUGCAACCUUUAUUCAAGGAAAGGAAUGGUGGGGUGGCGCUACAAAGAAACCAAUUGGAAUAUUGCGCGUCAAGGUAAUUCGUGCCAUGGAUCUUCCCAAGAUGGACUUGCUUGGAAAAUCUGAUCCCUACGUCAAGCUCCGGCUAAGUGGCGAGAGACUACCCUCAAAGAAAACCUCUGUUAAGAUGAGCAACCUAAAUCCUGAAUGGAAUGAACAUUUCAGGCUCGUAGUCAAGGAUCCCGAAACACAAGUCCUGGAGCUCCAGAUGUUUGACUGGGAAAAGGUCAAAAUGCAUGAUAAAAUGGGCAUGCAAGUAAUUCCCCUCCGCUCGCUUGCUCCUUACGAGAGCAAGCUGUUUACGCUCGACCUUCUUAGAAGCAUGAACCCGAAUGAUCAGCACAACAAGAAGAACAGAGGAAAGCUUGUCGUGGAAUUGACAUUUGAUCCUUUUAGAGAAGACAAUAGCACGCCUGCUGUGAUUUCAGAUGGGGAAGGUAAUGUUAGUAUAAAAAGGGACAUCCCGGCUGGUGGUGGGGUGCUGUUGGUUUCAGUAGAGAAUGCUGAAGAUGUUGAAGGGAAGCGUCACACUAAUCCAUAUGCUGUGGUUCUUUUCAGAGGAGAAAAAAGGGAAACUAAGGUUAUCAGGAAGGCAAGGGAUCCAAGAUGGAGCGAAGAGUUCCAGUUUGUGGUGGACGAGGCCCCCGUGGACGAGAAGAUCCACAUCCAAGUCAGAAGCAGACGCCGCAGGCUCCUCCCCUUCCACAACAAGGAAUCGCUGGGGCACGUGAACAUAAACCUGAUGGAUGUCGUGAACAACGGGCGAAUCAACGAGAAGUACCACCUUAUAAACUCGAGGAACGGGAAGAUACACGUCGAGAUCAAGUGGAACACCGUGUGACUGAACUCUGUACAUGUACAGUUUUGCCAUAUAUACUUUUUUAUAGGGAGUUUUGCCAUAUAUACUUGACGCCGGAAGAGAAGGAAAUAGUCAGCCAUAGUUGUUGUGGACCCUCUGUAUGUUGUUGUAGCUUUGUAUGGCCCCAGCGGUUUUGUUUUGUUUCUUUUUGCUCCAUUUGGCGAUUUUUGGCGUGUGUUGUAACAUCGAUGAGUUGGCUUUGAUGUGUAUGUGUAUAGUACUUUGUGUCUCCUGUGAAUUAUUUGCCAGCGCAAUAAAAGGUGGUGCCUUUGUUGAUCUGCCCUUU